CUGCUCCACACGUAACACCUUCAGCAGCAGCAAUGAGGAUCCUGGUGUGCGUGUUCCUGUUCGGACUGGCUCUGGCCGAGGAGAAGCAGGUAGAGAAACGGGGAGUGCUUGGCUCCCUGGGUAGCUAUGGUGGAGGCGCUUCUAUCGGCGGGGGAUACGGGGGCGGCUAUGGGGGCGGCUUUGGUGGCGGUUACGGAGGCGGAUAUGGAGGCGGCUAUGGAGGUGGCAUCAGCUCUGCAGUUGGUGGAGCUCAAGUGACCAACAUUGCCAUCACCAAGCAGGUGCCCAUCCCGUACCCAGUACCAGUGCAGCGUACUGUCCCAGUACCAGUCAGGGUUCCUGUCACAGUACCAGUCAACAGGCCAGUACCAGUGCCCGUCCCACAGCCGUACCCUGUCCCCGUGCAGAGGCCAGUCCCAGUACCCGUGAAUGUCCCUAGCCCAGUCCCUGUACCAGUACCACAGCCCGUCGUCGUCAACCAGCCAGUACCUGUAGUCGUGGGAGGUGGAGCUGGUGUUGGCGGCGGUUUCGCUGGCGGCUACGGUGGAGCCAUUGGUGGAGGCUACGGUGGAGGCUAUGGAGGAGGCAUCGGCGGUGGCUACAGCGGUGGUUACAGUGGUGGUUACGGCGGUGGCUAUGGAGGUGGCUACUCUGGAGGCAUCGCUGGAGGCUAUGGAGGCUACGGGAAAUACAGCCACUAACAUCAGUAGCUGAACCCAACAUCUCAGACAAAACAUGCCACCAGAGAUUCAUUGUGUAGUUUUUACAGCCAUAUGUAACUGUAGCAUGAAAUAAAAAGAAUGUAUGGGAUACGCA